CUGAAGCUGAGCAAGACCUUCUUGUAGAGUUUCUCCUUGAGUGAAGCAUCCCCUUGGGCUUCAACAUGAAGACAGCUAUUCUUCUGCUUACUGUAGUCCUCAUAGCUGUGUUGCCAGAGUGUGAUAUGGCCAAGUUUGGUCAACUGUGUAGCGAAAAUUCCAGUAACAGGAGGAGGACAGAGGACAACUGGGGACAAGGACAGUAUGGAGCAAGCAGAACAGACCAUGUGCAUGAGGGCAUUGACAUCGUGUGUAACGACGGGGCCACAGUGUACGCUCCAUUUGACGUGAAACUCAGCGGCAAAGUGACAGUGUACACAAACCCGAAGAAGGCAGCCAUCAACGAUGGGAUCAACCUCAGUGGGGAGGGUCUGUGCUUUAAGCUGUUCUACGUGAAGCCUGACAGUUACUCUGGGGUGGUGAAGAAGGGCCAGAGGAUUGGGACCCUACUCCCCAUGCAGAGUGUCUACCCAGGGAUCACUUCUCACGUCAUCUAAAUGAUCACAAUGAUAGGCCUUACUGUGUGAAAACAAUUAUUUAUCCUUUUUUAUUAUUGUAUGAAAUACAUAAAUGUUGUA